AUGAAAUUCAGCUAUUUGGUGUCGUUUGCUCUUGUGUUGGGAUGGAAUUCAGAAGUGGUGAUGACGAGAAACGCAGUUCAUACAGUUCGCCACGACAUUGCAUUUGUUCACACUUUUGAUACCAAGGAAAUGUGCAUGUCCAGAUGCCGUAUCGGAUGCACUCAACAACACUCUGAAGAUCUGAUGAUGCCCCGUUGGCACUGUCCAUUGCAGGAAGAAGACGAGAACGAUGUGGAAGAGGAGGAGAAGACGUCGCUGGGAGGAAAAAUGCUCAUCAUUGUCCCUUGCGUCAUAUUCGGCUCUCUUCUGUUUUUAUUCUUCUGCGUGUCGGCAAUGCAACGAUUCUGUCGAAACGACUAUUGA